GAGCUACGCUCGUAAGCUGGUGCGGAGCAGCAGGAUCUCACUGUGCUUCUUCACGGAGAACAGAAACCAAGGCUCUUGAAUUUACUUUCUUCAUCUAUUAACAGCAAUUACGAACAUUAAAAGAGAUGGGAACAAACCAAGCUGUGCUAAUAAUUUUGUAUGUGUUCAUGACUGUUAAAGCUUUUGAAAUGGAGAUUAUACCUGCUAACAGAAUUGUUAAACAGAUUGGAGAAACACUCAGACUCACAUGCAAUACUACUGGCUGUGCAUUGCCAAGUUUUUCCUGGAGAACUCAGAUGGACAACCCCCUAGGAGGAACAGUGAAUAACUAUAGGACACACUCUACCUUGACUAUGAAUCCAGUUAGCACUGUGAAUUCUCAUGACUAUGUAUGUACUGUCUUCUGUGGUGAGAAAGAGAAAAAAGAGAAGAGUGUAAAAGUUGAAAUUUACUCUUUUCCCAGAGAUCCUGUCAUUGAGAUCAGCCCAUCCUUAGCUGUUGAAGAGCCAGUCACUGUCACCUGUAAAAUUCUGGAUGUGUAUCCUUCUCAUUACCUGGAAGUACUCCUAAAGAAAGAGGAUCAUGUUUUUCAUGAGAAAAACUUUUAUGAAGAUGAAAGCACAAAUACAGAGAACAAAACUGUCACAUAUUCAUUUAAUCCCACAGCUGAAGAUAUAGGGAAAGAGAUUACCUGUGUGGCCAAGUUACCAAUUCCAAAUAUGGACUUUGAACCCAAAGAAAGAGUAACUUCUGAGAAACUGACUGCAAACUUUGGCCCACAAAAUACUGUCAUUACUGCAUCUCCAAGCAACUGGCCAAUGGAAGGAGACACUCUAAACCUCACUUGUGUGACUGAGAGUAAUCCACCAGCACAAAUAGUUUGGAGAAAAUACCCAGCUGAUGAAAGCAUUCAGCUUCUGACAAAAAACAAUGUCCUUUCUAUUCCUGAUGCCCAUAUCAAUGAUUCAGGACUGUACAUCUGUGAAGUGACUAAUCUGGUAACAAAUAAAACAGAGAAAGCAACCGUGGACAUUGUUAUACAAGGUGCUCCAGAUAUUACAGAACUCUCCAUUGAACCUUCUACCACAGUUCGAGAAGGAGAAAAUGUUUCCAUACGAUGUUCUGCUGAGGGUAACCCUUCUCCAAGGAUUAUUUUAAGGAGAAAAUCUGAUGGUGCAGACAUGGAGCUUUACAGCAAGGGGAGAAUUCUCCUUCCAUCUGUGACAUUCCUAAAUGGAGGAGACUAUGAAUGUGUAGCAGAAAAUAAGUUUGGGAAAAGUAGAAGUGAAGUAACACUUAACGUGGAAUAUGGACCAAAGGAUACAAUGAUCUCUGUUAUCCCUGCCACUGCUGUUAAAGAAGGAGAAACUGUGAUAAUGAAGUGUACUAGUUCUGGCAAUCCAGCUCCAGUGAUCUCUUGGAAGAAAAAGGCUACUGGGGAGCCUGAGAAAAUCUAUACAGAUGCAACUUUAACCAUAAUGAAUAUAAAAAGUCAAGAUCUGGGGCUUUAUGUAUGCGAAGCUUAUAACCAAUUUGGCAAAGAAGAAGAGGAUGUGGAAUUACUUGUUCAAGAAAGAUUGGAAAAAACAGAUCAAAUGAUCCCACUGAUUAUUGCAUUUUCCUCUGUGACAGCAGUUGCAGUACCUGCAGUUGCAAUUUUGAUCUACGUGUCAAGAAAAGCAAAGAUAAAUGGAUCCUACAGUCUUGUAAAAGCACUCAGGCUGAAAGUGUGAUCCCAAGAAUAGAAGUCUAAGUUCCUAAUCAGCAAUGUUAUUUAUUGUUGUGAAUGGUUCUACUUUUCUAUGACAUACAGUAACAAACAAAUGGCUUAAGAACACCACCACAUGAUAGCAAAUGGAUUGUUUUCCUGUUUUGAUACAUAUUUUGGUAUUUCAAUUAAAGGAAAAACAGGCGUCCUAUCCUAGAAUUGGGUAAAUCACUUCUGUGUUGAAGCAUGCUGAACAAAGAGUUCCUUGGAGAACUAGGUUUGUACAUAUUGUAUCAUUUGUGUUGUAAAUAUGUUCAACUGACUGUCACUUCGUAAAAUUAGUCUUACUGCAACUGUACAGGGAAAUGUUAAGUCAAAGAUAUAAAUCAACAUUACUUGAGCUGAUCAAAUGAUAAUAUUUUAUUUUGUAUUACCUACAGAGUGAAUGUUUUUAAUACAACUUGUCUGCUUGUGG